AUGAAUCCAAGUGAACCUACACCAUCCGUCGGAGCCGAUGGGGGAGCUUAUGAAUCGACGGAAGUUCGAGAAUUUCCCGUGUCGCAAAUAGCUCAGUGCGAGCUACCUUCACCACCCGAGGUCCCUAACUGCAUCCAGCCACAAAAGAGCUCAUUCGAUUCAAAAAGCGAGGAAGAGAUCGUCGGAAAUAGGGCACACGUCGCCCCCUCCAGAUCGACCCUGGCGAGAACGCUCCGCUAUCUCAAGCUCAAAGCGGACAAGAACAAAAAGCACGCCUUACGGCUCUACGAACUAGAUCCGAACGACAGCAGAGCGGCAAUUCACCUCAACCAUCUUCAGAAGCUAACGAAAGAUCUGAAAAAUGAAGUGUCGGCUCUGAAUCAGAAGGUGCUCGAGCAAGACAUGGAAGACGAGGAGCUUCUUUGCGGAAUCAUGGAGUUGGAGGGUUUCAUAGAGGACGAUCUCCUAUGGCUGGAAGAGAUGAAAAUAUAUUUCAGCGAAAGUCCAUCCUUCAACGUAGAUGGAACAACAUUCCUUUCUCGCGAUCAAAAUCAAGGAGCGAGAGAUCUCAACACCACGCCAUUAGAAAUCCAAAAUAGGUCACCACCAAUUCACAACUCAACGCCUAGUCUCCGUCCCAACGGAGAAGUUGAUGUGAUGACACAGCAACCAGACAUCGCACGCGGAAGAAAUGAGGACAGCAUGAGCGCCACUCGGAACGAAACAGCGCGGUCACAAAGACUUGCAAAUCGAAACAAGGCAAAGAACAUCGCAGCAGAAGCAGCUGAAAAAUCGAAAGCGCAAAUCACCUUUCUCGGAGACCCGUUAGGCGAGGAAAAGCAACCAACGAUGCCAUUCGAAGGAGAAGUUCCAGAGGAUGAAAAGAUCGAGCCACCGGCCAUGGCUCGGAAUACGAUCAGAGACAAGGAACAUCAUUCGAGUAACAAGAAUAUAGAUCCUAUGGAGAAGCUAGCAAGCAUACUAGAGAAAAGAUUUCUGCCCGAGGGACUCGACAGCGAAGCGAAAUUUCUACCGAAGCUGGAGGAAGCCAUAAAACUCCCGAAGUUCGGUGGCAACGUACAGCAAUUCAGAGAUUUUUCACAACAAUUCGAGAUGUUUGUCCAUCAGCGCCCAGUACCCGAACUUCAAAAAUAUAUCACGCUGAGAAACCAUCUAUACGGGAAAGCCUUGACAGCAGUGCAACACCUUUCUAUGGACGCAGCAAACUACGAAAUCGCGAGGCAGAUUCUCAGAACGAAAUUCGGGGAUGGAUCAUACGCGGCGAUCUCUCAUCUGAAGGAGCUUGAACGGAUCCUAUCAUCGGGACCCGAACUGGCUUACGAUAAAUUGUCGGUUUUCGUCACCGAAAUCUCGCAGCACAUAUACUCGCUGAUUGCCCUUGGCCGCUCCUAUCAAUCACUACACGAUGCAUGCUACCAUAAAAUCUUGGGCAGAUUAUCCUACACGAUUGCUAGAGAGGCAACCAUUCGAGCCGAGAACAGCGCCAGACCACCUCUCCAAGUCCUGCUUGACUACCUGAUGGAAGAAGGGACUCGCUAUGACAAGGCGAAAGGAUCGGCUCAAAGUUACGGUGAAACGAAUCAGUCUCCUCAUCCGCGACGUGGCUCUCGAUAUCCACCGCCGAGCCCGAGACGACUCAGCGUUCAAGCUAAUCAGUCAAGACCAUUCACUGCAUUGCCAUCAAGUUCGGCGGCGAUGCCACGACGACAGUAUCAAAGCGAGCAGCCACGGUACCUGACCGAUCAGAGACCUCCAAUGAGAUUCUACCAGAAUCAGCCGGAUCGUCAACAACAUCAGCCAGAAUACACAGAGCGGAGACACCUGCAGUCGUUCCUGACCACGAAGCCGGAGACUCCGGCGAGAGAUCCACGCAGCACGAACCCGCCACCUCGAGCAAAAUUGGCAUGCCUCUUCUGCGAGGAAAACCACCCCUCAUUCCGUUGCACCCGGAACCUCACCGUGACAGAACGAAGGGAGAGAGCUAGAUCAGUCGGAGCAUGUUUGAGAUGCCUUAAGCUAAAUCAUGAUGCGAGGCAUUGCAAGGAAGGCCCGAGAUCAGCUUGCAGGAACUGCGGAGGUAUGCAUUACGCUCUGAUAUGCCCCAAAGUUGCAGCAGAUAUUGCGGAAAGACCAACAGUUCGGACGUCGUCAAACCUCAACGGAGACGCUCUGAACUCUGCCGAGUCUUUGUGGACAGCCUGUGUAAUCGCUAAAGUCGGCGACAAGGAGAUCAAAUGCAGAAUCCUCGUUGACGCCGGUAGUCAAUCCUCCCACGUCACGACCGAAUUCGUGAAAAAGCUGGGAGCGAUCCCGAAAUCCCAGGUCGAUCUGGUCCUCUCGACCGCCGGUGGACAGAUUUCUAAUCUGGGAAUCAGUGGAGUCUUCGACAUCACACUCAUCAGUCGACACAAUCCGAAGAAAAGAUUAGUCGUCGAAUGCAUGGAGGUGGAAUGCCUCACACGGUCAGAAUUUCCGAUAAUGAAGCACGAUCUGGAUGUCAGCCCCCUCGCGGACGAGCAGCUCGAUGAAAACGCGGGAUCGAUAGACAUCCUGCUGGGACACAGCUACGUCCGGAAAAUAGAAUUCGGGAACGCAAUCUCUCUUCCUGAUAUGUUCGUCUUCGAAUCCAUGUUUGGAUGGAUCGUCGCAGGAGACUCCACCAGUACAGCAUCUGCAGCGAAUCAAAUACCCACCCUAACAAAAUUCUGCGGAGUAUCCUUCAUACAAUCAGCGUCCUCGAUCCGGCACCGAAAUUCAGAAAAUUCGAUACGGCCGAUUGUGAUAAAAACGAAGAAGAAAUCAGAAGCAGAACUACGAAGCCUGGAGGACAUCGAGAAAAUAUGGCAAAUGGACGACAUCGGUCUCCAAAGCCCAGAGGGAGAAGGGGCGGAAGAGCAAGAUGGACUUUUCCAAGCGCUCCGGGAAUACCACAGAACAACUACGACCCGAAACGAGGAAGGCAGAUACAGGGUGCGAUUACCCUUCAAAGAUAACAUCCGCGAACUGGGCGACAACCGGUCGCUAGCAAUCUCACGCUUGCACUCGUUCUUGGCUAAACUGAAAAGGGACCCCGAAAAAUUACGGGCGGUCGACACUGCGAUCUACGAAUACGUCGAGAAGAGACACGCAGAGCUAGCAGCACCGAAAUUGAAGGAACAACUCGUCCACUAUCUACCUGUCCAAGCAGUAUUCAAGGGCAAUGCAGAUUCAUCUCUGGACAUGAAAACAAGAGUCGUAAAGGACGCGUCCGCGAGAUCACUCAACAAAGCAGGACUCAACGACGUGAUCCAUGCCGGAGAAAACUUAUUGCCAGACAUCGGGAAGGUGCUUCUGAAAUUCAGGCAAUACCCAAUAGUUUUCACAGCUGACAUCCAAGCCGCAUUCCAGCAAAUCGAAGUAGCAAGACCCGACCGCACCGCAAAAACUCGCUACCCGGAAGAAGCAGAAUUCAUCGAAGAAAUUAUCCAGACCUACUACAUCGACGACUUCGGGGCUGGUGCAAACGAUUUGGAAUCGGCCAAACAUCGUGUAGAUCUGCUGAUACGAAUACUCCACGAAGCAUGUCUGCCGCUAGCGAAAUGGAGCACGAAUUCGGCCGAGCUGGCAGAGUACAUCAAAGCGGUGUCACUAGUGCCGAAUCCGACGAUUACCACAGGUCAACAAAAUGCGAAGUUUUUGGGAGUCGGCUGGGAUCAGAUGACGGACGCUCUAACAGCGCAAACAUCGAAAGCUAUGACAACGCUUGAGAACGGUACUCCAACAAAACGCCGGCUCCUGAGGGGCCUUGCGCAAAUAUUCGACCCUUUGGGUAUACUUGCGCCCACUCAUGUUACGGCUCGCAGCAUACUACAAGAGCUAUGGACGGCAAAAAAAGGCUGGGAUUCAGCGCUAACGGGAAACCUCGCUGAAAAUUACGUAAAAUUCGUCAGCCAGCUUCGCACUACAGCGAGCACUAAAAUUCCGCGAGCUCUCUUCAAGUCAUCUCAGCGUCAGGGAGCAGUCAUUUCGCAUCAAGUAUUCACCUUCUCGGACGCCUCAACGAAAGCAAUUGGCUGCGUUGCAUACCUAAGAACAAUACGGAUCGGAUGCGAACCACAAAUUUCAUUCUUGAUGGCCAAAGGAAGAGUCGCCCCAGUCAAGAAGACAUCUGUUCAGCGCCUAGAGCUGUCAGGAGCCUUAUUAGCGGCAAGAGUCAUGAGCAACGUCAAGAAAGGACUUGAUCCCAACAUCCAUAUCUCUGCAUAUAAUUUCCUCACCGAUAACAAAUCGGUUAUGGCAUGGGUCCAUUCGAAGCCAGAAAGAUUCAAGGCCUACGUCGCGAAUAGGGUGAGGAUUAUCCAACGGCUCACAAAGGGAGAUUCGUGGUCGUGGGUUCCGAGCGAAGAAAAUCCAAGCGACAUUGUAUCUAGAGGCAAGUGGCUCACCGGUGAAGAUAAGAGAAUGUGGUUGAAUGGACCAACCUGGUUGAAAGAAUCAGACGAGAAGAUAAUUGAGAGAAUGAAGCGAAGUCAGAGACAAACCGAAGAUGACCUGGCAGAGGUUAAAUACUUAGAGCAAACGACGAAUACUAUAUGUCUCAACGCCAGCGUCAAAAUCGCAACGAAUCCGCUUUUCUUCGAAAAUUCGUUCUCGUCAAUUACUAAGGCCAUCAAGUUCUGGGCACUCAUGAGAAGAUUGAAGCAAAAAGCUAAUGAAGCAAGACUCCGGGUCAGCUCGAACAGACGAGCAGCGCCUACUAGCAGAAGGUUCGACGACUUUCACACAGAGGAGAUAGAAGAAUCGAAAAUCGAUCUCAUCAGAAUAACUCAAAAGAAAUACUUCAAGGACGAAUACGAGUCGAAUUGCAAAAGCAUCAAACGAUCGAGCAAACUGUACGAGUACGCACCCCGCCUAGACGAUGACGGGAUCAUACGCGCCACCACGAGGCUCCAGAGAACCUCAGAGUUGACGCUCGGCCAGCGCUCUCCGAUUCUGAUGCCCUAUGAAAGCCGUAUAUCUGAACUCAUCGUGAAACAUGCCCACGAGAAGCAUUGCCUGCACACAGGAGGUGUCGCUAGCUCUAUGCACCACGUGAGAAAAGAGUUCCUCAUACUGAGAGCACGUAAACUCACGCGAAAAGUCUUGGCCAACUGUGCCAUUUGUAAAAUCUUCGGAGCCCCACCGGCAUCACUCGCCACCGCUCAAUUGCCAGCCUGGCGAAUCGAACAAGCUCAAGCCUUCAGCACUACAGGAAUAGACUUCGCAGGACCUAUAAGGUAUAGGAAAGAAAACAAGGAGGUCGCGAAAAGCUAUAUACUAGUCUGUACGUGUGCCGUGAGCCGCGCGGUGUGUCUAUUCCUUACGACGGACAUGAGCACAGCAGAAGUAUUGGGCGCGCUCCAGAAGCUCAUCAGCCGCUAUCCGGCGCUUUCGACCCUGGUCUCCGACAACGGAGCAUCCUUCAGAAGAGCCGCGAAAGAAUUGCAAGUCAUCUAUGAGGAAACCAUCAACCUAGAGCUGAAAAAAUGGCUAUCAACGCGCGGCAUUAAGUGGGAAUUCGUUGCCCCGCUGACUCCAUGGAUGAAUGGGUUCACUGAGCGACAGGUUCAGAGCGUCAAGCGACCAUUGAGGAAAAUCCUACGUUCCUCGAUCCCGUUCUUCAGAGACCUAGAAGUUAUUCUGGCAAAUAUCGAAGCCGUCAUCAAUCAACGCCCGAUCACCGUAAUAGCCACGAAAAACGGAGAUCUUGAAGCACUGACGCCCUACAACUUGAUAUCAGGGCAGAGAGGAACGCAAUUCCUUCCGCAGCACAGAAUGUUACCAUCCAAGAGGCGCGACGCGGAUGCCAUCGUUUACUCCGCUCGUCACAAAUAUCAACAGAGAUUGCUAACCGCAUACUGGAAGUUAUUCGAAGCCGAGUACCUCACCCAGCUCAGAUCCGCUAUGGCCCGAAAACCGCUACCGGAUCGACACCUCAAUUUGGGCGACAUUUGCCUGAUCAA